UCCUCAAAUCCAGAUCCUGUUCCCGUUGUCAUUAUUGGCUGGGGUCGUGAAAAUGGCGUCGUCUUCAUGCCGAAAAUCUUUGCAGAACACAAGUCUCCGUAUGUCAUGACAGCCAUGAUGGACUUUGAAGAGACAUUAGAGCCGUACCGAUACUCGCCACACAAUCUUGGAGUCGUUCUGCAUAACUUGCAUCCUCGCCCCAGAGCUCUCAUUAUCGGUAUCGCUGUUCCACCUUCUCUCACAGACGAAAUCACCGCUGUGUGGAACGAGUAUGUGGGCUCAGUUUUAAAGAAGGAGUUUAAAGAUGAUCAAGAUUGGAAGAAGAAUGCCAUCAGCCCGCUUUCACUUACGCAUUACGUUGAUCCUGCUAUCUUUGAACAUCCACCGAUGGAUAUGGGCUGGGAGAAGGAGAUGUUCAAGCACCUUGAUGCCGUAUUCCGACCUGAGAUCCAGUGGGACUAG